GGCCUUUGUGCGGGUCACCACUUCACAACCUGGAAAUAACCAGGUGCAGGAGGGCCAGGCAGGCAGGCAGGCAGGAAACGUCAAAAAGGAAUGGCCUCGUAGCACAGAAUUCCUCGAUCCUCUCCAUAAUGUUGCAGGUCCUAAUGUGGUAAACAAUGUACGAGUCCUUAGGGCCCCGAGGUGGAGGUGAGAUGGACCCCCACAACAAGUGCAUGGGUGGCCGUGUUUGGUGUGUGUCGGACAUCUGCGGCAUCAUCUGUGCCGUGAUGACGUGGCUGCUGGUGACGUAUGCUGAGUUUGUGGUGGUGACGGUGGUAGUGGGCACAGCUAACUACCCCAUCUACACAACACUGAACCUGCUACUGUUCAACAUGUUUGCGGUGCUUGCUCUCUCCUCACACACCCGCGCCAUGUUUACUGACCCUGGUGCUGUACCCAAGGGCAAUGCUACACGGGAAAACAUCCAGCGCAUGGGUCUCAGGGAGGGCCAGGUUAUAUUUAAGUGCCCUAAGUGCUGCAGCAUCAAACCAGAACGUGCCCACCACUGCUCUGUGUGCCAGCGUUGUAUUCGCAAGAUGGACCACCACUGCCCAUGGGUUAACAACUGUGUUGGGGAGAACAAUCAGAAAUUCUUUGUACUUUUUACAUUCUAUAUUGCCCUGCUGAGCCUCCACGGUCUGUUCCUGGGUAUCUACCAAUUUAUUAUCUGCGUCAAAAGUGAAUGGCGGGAGUGUUCAUCCUUCUCUCCACCAGCCACAGUUGUCCUUCUGCUCUUCCUCAUCUUCGAAAGUCUACUGUUUGCCAUCUUCACUGCAGUUAUGUUCUUCACUCAAGUGAAUGCUAUUUGGAAUGAUGAGACGGGUAUUGAGCAACUGAAGAAGGAGCAGGCAAGUUGGGAAAAGAAAUCGAGGUGGCGAAGCAUUCAAGCUGUGUUUGGUCGCUUCUCCCUCACCUGGUUUAGCCCAUUCACCUCACCACCACUACCCACAAAAACUCAUUCAUACAUGUAUGCUGUAUAGCUCUGUAGGAUAGUGAAAGGAUCCCCAUGGACUUGUAAGGAGUAGCUGUGAAACAUGCUGAAAUUCAAAGAGCUGGGAAACAAUUAGUAACUAAACUCAAAGUAUUUUGUAUAUUUAUUAGAUUUCUUACUACUGAGAACAACUUGUGCACCAUAAAUGAUAUUUUGUGAAGUAAGAAAUAUGCAACUUCAAAACCUGAUGAAUUGAUGUACUGAAACAACAUCUAUUUUUGCCAUUUUAGAUUUUGCAAUUAAUUUUUUGUAAGUGCAGUGUGGGAGUCAGCUUAGUGUUAAUUUAGCCCCACUUUGUAGGCUUACUGUGUGUAUGGUGAUAUUUUAAUUGUUUUUAUUUUUCAUAGGUAUCUGCAUAAUAGGCUUUUAGUUAUGUAACUUUUUAGAAUUAAUAGCUUUUUAGCUAUGAUUUGGAAUGACUUAUUUUUUUAUGACAUGGGUCACAAGUGUUUAUUACUAAUAACUCCAGACUCUUUCCUUGACGUUGUUGGGCCUUGCCAGGCCAGCACCUGCAGGUAGUGCCAAGCACCAUCAAGCAACAGCAGUGCACCAUUCCAUGAUUCCUCCUAGGCAUCAGGAGAGCUGGAGCUAAAGAUAAUUUUCAAUA